UCCAAUUAACUCGGAAAGAAAACUACAGUUACAGUGUCGGUGCGGCACGCACAAUCGUGUGGGGCCCGAAAGAGAGUUUUUAAGGGAUAUCAAGGUUGUUGAGUCGUGUCGUGGUGGGAAUAGCAGUGUCUGUGACAGCUGCUGAACACAGAGUGGAAUAACAGAAGUGGUGUGCCAUCACCCUGUCCUCCUCCCAUGCCCCCCCCCCCCGCUCCCACGUGUGUCCUCCCUGCCAGUUAGUGUCCCCACCAGUCCCCUCAUUGUCUCGCUGUCUUCUCCAGCCUGAAGCCCUCCUCUCCCUCAUGCUUUGGACAAAGCCAGCACACUGCCAGCCCAAUGACUGCCUGGAUCGUCUUGCCUGUCAGCCUUUCAGCCUUUUCCAUCACAGGCAUAUGGAUAGUCUAUGCCAUGGCGGUGAUGAAUCAUCAUGUCUGUCCAGUGGAGAACUGGACCUACAAUUUGACAUGUACAGAGGAGAUGGCAAGACCAGGUUUCCCAAAGACUUGCUGCACCUUACAGGACAUCCCCCUCAUCAGUAAGUGUGGAUCCUUCCCCCCUGAGAGCUGCCUGUUCAGUUUGAUUGGGAAUGUCGGAGCCUUCAUGGUGGUGAUGGUGUGCCUUUUACGCUAUGCCCAGGUGAUUGAGCACAGCCACGGUUGUUGGAUUAACACCAGCGCCCUGGUGUCUGGCUGCACCAACGCUAUAGGACUGGUCAUGGUGGGAAACUUCCAGGUUGACCAUGCUAAGUCUCUCCACUACGUUGGCGCUGGCGUGACCUUCCCCGCCGGUCUGCUCUUCGUGUGCCUGCAGUGUGUACUCACCUACCGGUUGGCCGUCACCGCCCUUGAUUACUGGAUGGCACACGUCCGUGUGGCCCUGGCCGGCGGAGCCCUUAUCUCACUGGUCCUCAGCGGUAUCUUCUUUAUCCAUGAGAGCUUUGUUCUCCAGCAUGCGGCGGCCAUCUGCGAGUGGGUCUUCACAGUGGACAUCCUGGUCUAUUAUGGCACCUUCACCUAUGAGUUUGGCACGGUCACCAAUGAAACCAUGAUGGUCGGCCUGCAGCAGACCCACCACCACUCAGGGGUUAUGAUGGGCGGUGGGGCCGGGGCCAUGGCACUGUCCAUGGGGGGCAGCAUAGGAGGGGGCAUGGGAGCCAAGGGCCUGAAAUCCCCUGGAGGAAGCAGCACAUCCACCCAUCUCAACUGCACCCCAGAGAGCAUAGCCAUGUUGUAGCUCUGCAGGGGUCACAGGUCACCUUGCUGCUGCAGAGGGGAAUCACCACACAGGCAGCAGAUGUCAGGGCGAAGGAUAGUACUGGCCAGCCGGGGGAGGAGGAAAGACAAGGCAUUGGAAAUCACAAGAUAUGAGUGACACCGGGUCAUCGGGUUACCGGGUUGGUAUUGCUGUAUAGGGUUUUUAUGUUGUAAUAAGCCGUCCGUUUCUCCACUACGGUCUAAUUUCCUGUGCUUCAGCAGCAGGAAGAAACGAUUUACAGGAAGGAAAAAUAUGUGGCAGGAUGUGAGCGGUGGUGCUGGGAAUGUUUCCAAGAUGGCUGCUGGCCUACGGGCAUCCCUGUACACUGACACCAUGAUAGCUUCUUUCUCGAGGGUCAGUGUUGUACGACCGGCAACUGAAGCUUUUGGCAGUGUUGAUCCUUGUCACAUUGGGAUGGCAGACCAAUAAAGGAAGAUUUUCUUUUUAUGGCAACACAGUGUUGCU